AACAGUGAUUGAUUAAUUUUUUAAUCUCACUUAAUCACAGUAAACAAACAAACAAAAAAGGUUUUAAUGGAAAUUCCGGAAGAAACGUGCACACUUAAUACAGUAAAAUCCGUUGCCUUGAAAAAAUCUGUUGAAUUGUUAUUGCUAUCAAUUGAAGAAAAAGGAAAUCAAAAUUCAGGUCACACUGAAAGUUUAAUCCUUGAAGAACUUUUAUCAUUGAGUGAUUUGCUUGGAGAAGUUGUCGAACGUGCAUUAGAUUUAGUUGAUAACAAUACAACAAUUAAACUUUUUCGUUCUCAACAAACCGGCAGAGAAAUUUUUGAGCUUCAUGGUGAAAGAAUUUAUCAUUUCUUCCCUAAACUUCCUUAUUGUGUUUGUCGUUCUUUUCACUCUCAAGUGAUUCGAGGGGAAGAAUAUUGUUGUAAGCAUUACCUUGCUGCUCGCAUUGCCAAAGCCUUGAACAAAGUUGAAAUAAUUGAGAAGCCUCACAUUGAAUUUCCUGUGAACUUUGUUGAGAAUACUGAAAUUCAAUUGUCAGAGAAUGGACUGAAAUAUAUUGCAGAAGAUGCGAAAUGUUUCCAAUCAACCGCUUACAUUAAAAAAGACUUUUUUAAAAAUUUUCACUUUCGACCGCCAUCAAAUCUCGAAGUGAUAAGUUUUGGUGUCAAUCUGCUGUCUUUUGCUGAACUUUUGACUGCUUUUAUUGAUAAUAAUUUAAGUAACAUGAACAUUGUUUAUUAUCACGAAAAGAAUUGCAUUUUAUUUAAUUGCACUCAAAUUGAUUCAAAUGAUGGAAAUGAAGAUAACGAAGAUGGAGAAGAAUGUGGUGAAAUUAUCACGGAAUAUUUCAUACAAACUAAGCACAGUGUUGAACCAGUUGACUUCACUGUUCAAAGUCCUUCCCUGCUUAAUUCAAUCAUUCUCGAUGCUUACGAAUUUCAAGAGAUUUUAAAUGAUUUCGAUCGCACAAUUGAUGCACUUGAGAUUAAAAUAAAUCAACAUAAAAUGACACUGAAGACAGUUGGAACUCUUCAAUGCACUGCAACUUCAAAUUUUCCAGCAAAUAGUGAAGUUUUCAACAAAUUUGAAUGUUACGAGCCAUCGAAAUUUUGUUACAAGUUCACAUACUUUAAAGUUAUGUUGAAAGGUCUCGCGGUUUCAUCAAAAAUUUCAUUGACAACACAUGUCGAUGGAAUGGUAAAAGUUCAACUUCUUACUAAAAGUGAUGAAGAUCAGGACACGGCUGCUUACAUCGAAUAUUUUAUGCUGCCAAAUUUACCUGAUGAAGAUUUUGAUAAUGAAAAUGAUGAAAUCAUUUAA